AUGGAUUGUUCCAUAUUCUCUACUUCAUCUAAGCUUUUGAUUUUUUGUACUUCCUUGCUAUUUAUCAUCUUUUUCAUGUGUCUUAAUGUAGACUCUGUCACUGCAACUGAGUCUGAUUAUGGGCUUCACUGUGAUUCAGUUGUUCAUGAAUCAAAACCAGUUGAUGAGGAGUUCAACAUCUCACCAUUUCCUGGACGUCAAAAUGGUUACUACAGUGGUGGGGAUAAUGUCCUGAACCGUAGCUCCGAUGGGUAUUACUAUGGACCUGCGUCGAAAGUUCUCGUUUUCGAAACUCACCACGUUUAUACAACAAAUGCUGAGGAUGUCUAUAAGGUGGAAGGAAACUUGAUCUUCGAAACCUCGUAUUACUAUGAACGAAGUUUCUCCAAUGGUAGGGAAUACUACCAUUCGUAUUCAAGUGAUUCGAGUAGUCGCGGAGCUCUGGAGUUCGGUUUACAUGGCUUCUGGUCCAGAACGACCGGGAAGCUUUGCAUGGUGGGAUCAGGCUACACUUACUCCAAAGAAGGUAAUGUGCUUCAUCUUGCAGCUGUUGUUAAGUUCAAUAAUGUCAAGAUCUCUAGUGAUAUCAAUACUCUGAUCACUGGAACCAUGGAUAGCUUGAAUCCUGCCGAUGAACCGAAUUACUUUGAGCCAAUUUCGGUGUUGAUGUUUCCUCAAGGGAGUUACAAAUACGCCAAGGUCCGGAAACAGUUUAGUCAAGGGUGCCCAGGGGGAACUGAUGUCCCAAAAAAGGCAUCCCUCGGCGUGUCAAGGACUAUAACUGUUUGUGAUAUGUUCUAUAGACAAACUGCUUUUGAAUUGGAGUAUGCAAGUGGUUGUGAUUCUUCAAAGAGUUGCAGUCCCUUUAGUGAUGGUAUUGGAUAUUUGCCUCGGUUCAUGCAUUUGAGGAUGAUCCAGUGCUCGGAUGAUAAGCUAAGCUUGAGGUUUCUGAUAGAGUUUCAGGAUGAUGCCUAUACGAGGUAUUAUGCUUCUUCCAAUUUCAGUACUUCUUUAAUUGGAGAAGGAUCUUGGGAUGCAAAGCAGAACCGGCUUUGUAUCAUUGCUUGCCGGAUCGAAGAUGCAUCGAGCAUCUCCUUGGAGAAGUCUCAUGUUGGAGACUGCACAACAAGGUUGAGCGUAAGAUUCCCUGCAAUCCUAUCUUUCAGAAAUACAAGUACUGUUGUGGGUGAAAUUUGGAGUGACAAGCACAAGAAUCAAUCUGGUUUCUUCGAUAGGAUCAUGUUCCGGAAUACUGACAAUAACCGGGGGCAAUUUCAACUUCAAGGCUUGAAGUACGAGUACAUGGAAACUGACAAAGUGAAUAAGUCAUGCCCAAAGAAGAGUAGAAAUAGGAACAGUACUGGAGAGUACCUAGAUGGCUAUUCUCAAGACAUGGCUUUUAGCAUGUCAAUCAAAUAUCAAAAGAGAAGUAUCGGAUGGGGUUCUUCCAAGCCUCUUGCAGUCGGCGAUCAACCUCAUCAGAGGUUUCCCCUUCUAAUACCAUCCUCAAGCUCAAGACCUAAAAGUGCUGGUGUUGAGUCUAUUGCCAGUGGUAGCUUGCUUAAUAUCAGCUAUGAGAUGAGAAUUGAGCUAAAUAGUUUGAAAUUGGAUCAUGGCCUCGAUCCAUUUAACCAAUCUUCAAAUGGAUAUUUAGAAAUCCGAAUUUCUGCUGAAGGGGUUUAUGAUGCUGAAACAGGUCAUCUGUGCAUGGUUGGCUGCAGACAUUUGAGGUCACCCAAUGGAUCAACGGACUGCGAUAUCCUUGUAAAUGUUCAUUUUCCUCCAUUGGACUCAGAUAGGAAAGGAAGUAAAAUCAAGGGAAGUAUCGAGAGCACGCGUGCCAAAACCGAUCAUCUGCACUUCGAAACUUUGGAGUUUUCAGGACGAGCUUAUUAUGGUAGCUGGGCAAUGGAAUCAUUUUGGAGAAUGGAUUUCGAGAUGAUCAUGUCUGUCAUAUCCAACACUCUAGCAAUUGUCUUUGUAGUACUUCAAAUCUUUCAUGUGAGGAGGCACCCUGCUGUUUGUCCUUCGGUUUCAUUUCUAAUGCUUGUCAUCCUAGCCCUGGGACACUUGAUCCCUUUGGUUCUAAAUCUCGAAGCAAUGUUCAAUCAAGAUAGUGAACGAACUGUCUGGGCAAGAAGCGGAACAUGGCUAGAAAUGAACGAGGUGGUCAUUAGAGCAGUCACAAUGGUGGCUUUUCUGAUGCAUUUCCGUCUUCUGAUGCUCUCAUGGACUGCUAGAUGUUCUGAGGAAAAGAACGAGGCCUUGUGGAUUGCGGAAAAGAGGGGGCUCUAUGUAUGCCUUCCUGUAUACAUAGCCGGAGGUUUAAUCACUGGCACCGCAAGACAGCAUUCGUCAUACUACAUAGAGCAGACCAUUUUAGGAAGUUCAAGAGCAUAUGCUGGUUUGAUCCUUGAUGCCUUUCUUUUCCCCCAAAUCAUCUUCAACAUGUUCUUGAACUCGAGAGAACCAGCUCUUUCUCGGUUCUUUUAUAUCGGAAUCACCCUUGUUCGCAUGGUCCCUCAUGGAUAUGAUCUCUACAGGGUACACAACUAUGUUGAUAUGAACGACUCGUACAUUUAUGCAGAUCCUACUGCAGAUUACUACUCAACCGCUUGGGACAUCAUUAUUCCUAUGUUGGGCCUGUUCUUUGCUGCAAUCAUAUACUUCCAACAGCGCCUCAGCGGUCGUUGUUUCCUUCCAAAGCGGUUCCGUGAAUCAGUGACAUAUGACAAACUUCCAAUCGAUUCAGAGGAUCAAUCACCGUUGAAAUCUAGCCCCUAG